AUGCAUAAUGCAGAGUCUAAAAAUUCCUUUAUACUACUGCUGGAAAGUGAAUUGAGGAAAUGUGUGGGCGUUGUGCACGUGGAGAAAUACAUCGAAGGGAAGAACAGAAAUUGUGAAGAAGGGAAGGAUGAAAAAAUGAUGGUAAAUUUCUUGGUAAAAGAAGAG